AUGUCGGACGCUGGCGAUAGCACCCACAAGCGGUCAAAGUCGGCUGCCGCCCUCUCCCUCCUGCGACGAAAUCACUCCCGCGGCGACGAAGAUCCUUCCAACUCGGAUGACGGAGCGCCGCUGACGUCGCCACCAUCUGCAGCGACAUCCCAUACAAACAUAAACAUACCCAUGGCCCAAAACGCCCCCCGCAGCAACGGGGCCAACAGGCUCUCCAUCUCUCCUUCCAUGGGCCGAACCCCCUCCCACAAUAGCCCGCCGUCUGCGACUAUCUCCAAGAUGAGCACUACCGCUGCCGCCGCCGCCGCUGCUGCUGCCUCACCGAGCGAGAAGGGCGUCUCCCUCGAGCAGUCUGUUCGUAAGUUCCGCAUAGUCGAGGCCCUGCGAAGCGGCGACACUGCCUCCAUUUCCAAAGCGAUACGCGACACCGCCGAGGGCGGCCCGCGCACGAGCAUCUCGUCCAUCAACACCCUGAGCGGUAGCGGUCUUGACGACACCACCGUCCUGCACCUCGCCAUACAAUGCGCCGAGUAUCAGGUCGUCGAGUACGUCCUGUCCGACGGCGCCGGCACAAUUGACAUCAACGCGAGGGACAAGGACGGCAAUACCCCGCUGCACGUGGCCGCGAUCCAGGGUCGGACCCAGGUCGUCAAGCUCUUGCUCGAUCAGAAGGAGAUCAACGACGCCGUCGCCAACCACCAAGGCCGCCUGCCCAUCGACGUCGCUCGAAACCCCGAUAUUUUCCAGCUGCUGCAGCUCUCGCGGUCGCUCUUCGCCGAAAACAAGGUCAGGCAGAUCCAGGGCUUGAUUGCGCAGAAUGACUACAAGACUCUUGAGACUGUGCUGGAGGAACCUCGCCUCAAGCAAAUCCUCGACAUCAACAGCACCGAGUUCGCGACUGAGCCGACCACUGUCCAAGCCGGGGGGACUCUCCUCCACGAGGCUGCCCGCAAGAAGAACACCCAGCUGAUCCAGGUCCUUCUUCUCCACGGAGCCGAUCCAUUCCGCCGAGAUCGUAAGGGCAAGCUCCCCCAGGACGUCACCAAGGACGAUGUUACACGCGCCAUGCUGAAGCGAUCCCCCGCUGCCGUCGCGGCUCAGAGAGGCAUCCAGGAGAAAGCCGUUCUCGGCCAGGCGGCUUCACAGGGCGCUGGGGCCUCCGCCUCGGGAGACCCCGUUGCUGGGCGAGAGGCGCGGGAGAUGAAGGGCUACCUGAAGAAGUGGACGAACUACCGCAAGGGAUACCAGCUCCGAUGGUUCGUCCUCGAGGACGGCGUCCUGAGCUACUACAAGCACCAAGACGACGCCGGCUCCGCCUGCCGCGGCGCCAUCAACACCCGCAUUGCCAAGCUGCACAUGAGCGCCGACGAGAAGACAAAGUUCGAAAUCAUUGGAAAGUCUUCUGUCAAGUACACCCUCAAGGCCAACCACGAAGUCGAAGCGAAGCGCUGGUUCUGGGCCUUGAACAACUCGAUCCAAUGGACGAAGGACCAGGCCAAGGAGGAAGAGCGCCAAAAGGCUCGUGGCGCCGAGCUUCUCAGACAGGCCAAGGCUGAGCAGGCCGGAAAGUCGCCCGAGCUUUCUAUUAACGACGCCCACAGCGAGAGUGCCAGCGUGGCUGACACGAGGAGGAGCAGUGUGCAGAUCCCCAGAACCAUGUCGCACAGCAAGAUGUCUGUUCCCAGAAGCGACUUCGCCGGCGCGAGUACCGUCGCCAGCAACGACGAUGACUUUGCCGACGCUGCGACGGACGCUGGUCAAUCCAGAGCUACGAGAAACGGCCACCUGGCGCCCGACGACGACGAUGACGACGACGACUUCGAGGAUGUCAGCAGCCGUGAAGAACCUUCUGUCUCCAAGGACGCAUUCAACAUCACCGCCCAGUCGGCCAAGCUGCAGCUCGACACCAUUUCCGCCGUCAACGCUGCGAUGCUGGCCGAGGCCUCCAAGAAUCCCAACACCAUCGUUUCCGACGCCAAGGUCACCCAGGCUCUCACGACAUAUGACGCGGCCGUUCGAAGCUUGACGGGGCUUGUCGGAGACCUCAUGCGGAUUUCCAAGGAUCGCGAUGCCUACUGGCAGUACCGCCUGGAUCGUGAGAUUGACAUGCGCCGCAUGUGGGAGGAGAGCAUGGCCAAGGUUGCCAAGGAGCAGGAGAUUCUGGAGGAGCGUGUUGACCAGGCCGAGGCCAAGCGUAAGGCUGCCAAGCGUGCACUCCGCGAAGUUAUGAACGAAUCGCCGGCGGCUGCCAGCCAGAAGCCCGAAGCCGGCGACAACAAGGUCGAUGGCACCGAGACCGUGGAGGCUUCCGUAGGAACGGACGACCUCGCGACCCAGUCCAAGUCGCCCAGCAGACCUCUGUCGAGAAAGCAGACAGUUCUGGACCACCUUGAGCUGUCGGAUUCCGAGUCAGAGGAUGAGGACGAGUUCUUCGACGCCGUGGAUGCCGGAGAGGUCGAGGUCAGCCAGUUGCCGCCAUCCGAUGCUGCGGCCACGCCCCAUGAAGAGAAGAAAGAGCAGCAACUGGUUGUCUCUGGUGGUAUAGAUCUCAGCAGCUCAUUCAAGGGUUAUGAGAAUGGUAUCAGAACACGCCUCAAGAUGGAUGCGGAUGAUCGGCCCAAGAUCUCGCUCUGGAGUAUUCUCAAGUCCAUGAUCGGCAAAGACAUGACAAAGAUGACGUUGCCGGUUUCUUUUAACGAACCGACUUCACUUCUUUACCGUGCUGGCGAAGACAUGGAAUAUGUUGACCUUCUGGACCAAGCUGCUGAACGAUCCGACUCGAUUGAACGUCUCAUCUAUGUGGCCGCCUUUGCUGCCAGUGAGUACGCGUCUACCAUUGGCCGUGUUGCAAAACCUUUCAACCCUCUGCUUGGAGAGACCUUUGAAUAUGUCCGGCCUGACAAGAACUACCGCUUCUUCAUUGAGCAGGUCAGCCAUCACCCGCCCGUCGGUGCUGCCUGGGCCGAGUCUCCCAAGUGGACCUACUGGGGCGAGUCAGCCGUUAAAUCCAAAUUCUAUGGCAAAUCCUUCGACAUCAACCCUCUUGGCACCUGGUUCUUGAAACUUCGCCCUACAGCUGGAGGCAAGGAGGAUCUAUACACGUGGAAGAAGGUCACGUCCUCCGUCAUUGGCAUCAUCACCGGCAACCCCACCGUGGACAACUACGGCCCCAUGGAGGUCAAGAACUGGACGACAGGGGAGGUGUGCCACGUCGAGUUUCAGCCGCGUGGUUGGAAGGCGUCCAGCGCAUACAAGAUUUCGGGCAAGGUGCUCGAUGCCGACGGCAGGGUGCGCUACAGCAUGGGAGGCCGCUGGAACUCGAAGCUGUACGUUCGCCUGACGCCCGGAUACGAGGCCACAGUCGACGACCCCGGCGACUCAGCGUCAGUCGAGAAGGGCGGUAGCAUUACGGACCCCAACAGGGCGUUCCUCAUCUGGCAGGCGAACCCCCGCCCGCCCAAUAUUCCCUUCAACCUCACGCCCUUCGUCCUCACCUUCAACCACAUCGACGACAAGCUCAGGCCUUGGCUGCCGCCGACGGACUCGCGUCUCCGCCCGGACCAGCGCGCCAUGGAGGACGGUGAGUACGACUUCGCGGCCGAGGAAAAGAACCGACUGGAGGAGGCGCAGCGCACGCGGAGACGGCAGCGCGAGGAGAAUGGCCUCGAGUUCCGCCCGGCGUGGUUCGAAAAGGCGAAGUGCGAGGUCACUGGCGAGUCGUACUGGAAGUUCAACGGCAAGUACUGGCAGCAGAGAGAGAAGGCCGGUCCCGAGGGAGAUCCGCAGCAGGCCUGGAACGGUCUGGAGCCCAUCUACGAGGACGCGAAAUAG